AUGUUCGCCUGUCCGACCCGACGGGCUCUCCUCAGCUGCAGUUCCUAUGCUCCCCCUACCAGCCGCCGUCUAAUCUCGACGGCCACGGCGACUUCUAUACAACAGCGACCCAGCCGGCGAUACUCCUCCUCAUCUUCAUCUUCAUCGAACUCCAAGCCAUUUGGUCCAAAUAACCGUGGCCUCGCAUCCAAGACCGGUGCGUUCAGGAAACGAGAACGACAGUGUGAGAAUGGACAGCAACAGCAACAACAAACAGCGCAAACUAUUGCGCCGCCGAUGCCGGCGAAGGUAGAGAUCAAGUCGGAGCAGACAUCAAAAGAACCUCGAAAGGUCGAGCAAAGCCCGCUGCCGUUCGUGGCUCGUACGGAUCACCUCCGGGCUAAAGAUAUCCAUGCAUCUGCCUUCUUUGCCCUUCAUCGACCCGUGUCGGUACGCUUCCCGGUUCCGGGUAUCUAUAAUUCCAACUCCUUCCAGAAACUCUUCGACGCUUCGACUCCGUUGUCCAACAUGGAGCUCCACAAGAUUCAGCAGGAGGUCCAAGCUCGCCAGCCUACUAUCAACGAGAAUGACUCUACAAGCGAUCAAGACUCCAUCCUAAGCCCAGAUGAAGUCCGAGCCUACGCCAGGAAUGGCGCCCAAACAGAGCAAAAAUCUUCGUCCUCGGAGCCACAAAUCAAGAUCUCUAGCUCCUUGUUAUUUGAACAAUACCUCCCUUUCAACCCACCACCACCUCCAGAGCCGAUCUCUGAAGAAACCAUCAAGACUGAAAAGGCCUCUUUCGAGAAGCUCAAGGGCAUGCAAAUCAUCACAUCUACCGAAGGCUCCGCAGACGGCCAACCUUACAUCUUAGCAUUCUUCCAGGGUCCCGAAAACCAAACCAAUAGGGUUGGUAGAAUAAGAAAAACAAUGCGCAGCGAGGUUCCUACCAUGCAAGCUCUCAGUGUAAAGAGACAGCGCAAGCUAAAGAUGAAGAAGCACAAGUAUAAGAAACUUAUGAAGAGGACAAGAACCCUGAGACGAAGACUCGAGAAGCAGUAG